CUAACCUCCAACUGUCAGUUUGGUAGCUCAAGAGGUAGCUAGAGAAGUUAAUAAAAAUAUUCAGAUGCUAUCUUCUUGAUGUCUUUCAUUGUUCUUAUUACCCUUCAAAUACCGGUAAAAUAGCAUUACGAUUAACUUGAUCAGAUGAAAUAAAUUUUCACUGGACAAGAUAAGGAGAUAACCGCCUCCCUAUUACAAGGGUUUUUAUUCGGUGAACACAUAUCUUGCAACGAAAGUCCAGAAUGACUUCGAUAUUUGAUCAACAAGAACGAGCCUCCCAAAGAUCUAAGAGGCCCACCCCGCCAACUAUCAGGGCAGACAUUAGCACUACGGGGUUUAUACAUAUGAAGUUACAGGAUGAUGGACCAAUAUUUACAAAGCAGAAGGUGAAUUUUUCGCCUUCGGAUAAAAUCACGCAUCUGGUAGUCAGCAGCAAUCUUAUAGUAAUUGCAAUGGCAAACAAUAUCCUACUCCGUAUCGAUAUGAAGCAUCCCGACAAGCCUGAGGAUAUUGACCUUUCCAAAUAUGCAACCAACAUGAAAUUGUCUGGGCUGUUUCUGGACCCUUUAGGGCAUCAUUUACUAAUAGCUCUGGUAUCUCAAACUGGGGAAACACCAUUACCAGAGCUAUUUUAUCUGCACAGGAAAAGUACAAAACCCAAGCAGGCAGGAAAAUUCAGAGGCCAUGAGAUAACGGCAGUUGGAUGGAACUUUUUGAACUCAUCGGAAGCAACGUCGGGUCCUAUAUUACUUGGAACUUCUAAGGGUCUGAUAUUCGAGACAGAAAUUGCUCUGGAUGGGGACAAAAUAUUUAAUACCAGCCUUGAGCAGUACUGGAGACAGCUUCCAAAUUAUUUACCACUUUAUGGUACUAAAGAGGUGGAUGGACUGGUAUUUGAUAUAGGAAAGGACAGUCAUCCACCUAUCACAGGUCUCGAGUUUCACAGAAUACCGAACACCGAUAGAUGCAUUGUAAUAGUGACUACUCUGGUUAGGAUAUAUCAAUACAUUGGAUCUGUAAGUAGCUCUGAUGAGAAGCCACUGCUUCAACAGAUCUUCAGCAGAUAUUUGAAUGUCAAAGAGAGAUUCAACCAGGUGGAAAGUUCACUGCCUUAUUCAAAGUUGCAGUUCUAUUACCCAGGACCGAGACAAUUCCCAAAGCUGUUUGGAUGGCUUAGUGAAACUGGAAUAUUAUAUGCACAGGUUGACCCGAAUGUUGAUCCAGAUAAUGUACUUGUUAAUCAACAAAUGAUAUAUUGCCCUGAGACUAGUCUAAUAGGAGGGAGUGUUUCACAAACUAAUUCAGUAGCCACGCCUCCACCGACACCCUUGUCUUUUGUAUUAACAGAGUUUCAUGCAUUGCUUUUAUACAGCGAUCAUGUCAAGGGAUUGUGUCUGCUCAACAAAGAGCUCAUAUUUGAAGACAUUUAUAAUGAUGCAUUUGGCAAGCUAGUUAAUAUAAGCAAGGAUCCAGUGACAGGUUCGAUUUGGGCAUUCAGUGAGAGAGCAGUCUUUAAAUAUAAAGUAACCAAAGAGGACCGAAACGUUUGGCAGAUAUACGUCGACAAGGGAGAAUUUGUUCUGGCUAAAAAAUAUUGCAAGGAUAAUCUGGCUCACGUUGAUCAUGUGCUUGUGAAACAAGCGGAAAUGUUAUUCAAGAACAAGGAGUAUGAACAGAGUGCCAUAAUUUACGCAGAUACACACUCAUCUUUCGAAGAAAUAUCUUUGAAAUUUUUACAGGAGAAUCAGAUUGAGGCAUUGAAAACAUUUCUAAAAAGGAAACUGCAAGGUCUUAGGCCACAGGAUAAAACCCAGGAGACUAUGAUAGUUAUAUGGGUAGUUGAACUAUUUAUGAAUCAAAUGGGCAUACUUCGUAGUGACGGUACAUCGCAACUUCAUAAUCCUCGCUACCAAGAACUUCAAAAACAAUUUGAUAGUUUUCUAGCUAUACCCAAAGUUGAGGAAUGUAUUCGGGAGCAUAAGAGCUCGAUAUAUGACAUAAUGGCCAGCCAUGGGAACAAAGACAAUCUGAUUCGACUAACGAUAAUGCAUCACAAUUAUGAAGAAGUGAUCCGGCAACAUUUGUAUAAAAAUAAUUACCUCGAGGCUCUGGAGGUGCUAAAAAGUCAGGCGAAUAAAGAACUUUUUUAUCAAUUUGCUGGCGUGUUGUUACAAGAAUUGCCAAAGCCAACUGCUGCAGCUCUAAUAUCGCAAGGAUCUUUGCUGAAACCUUCUAGACUUCUGCCUGCAUUAGUCUCUUAUAGUAAUGAUGAGAAACAUGCUAAGGAAAUAAUUCGGUAUCUUGAGUUUUGCAUCUACAAACAAAACUGCCAGGAGCAAGCUAUACACAAUUUUCUUUUAUCUUUAUAUGUACGCAAUAAGCCGGACGAAGUUUUGCGAUAUAUUAGCUCUCAAGGUCAAGACAUAGCGAUGGUCCCAUAUGAUGUACAUUUUGCGCUUCGGCUUUGUCAAGAAGCAAAACUCACCAAAGCUUGCGUUCAGUUAUCUGCAUUGCUUGGGCUCUGGACAACUGCAGUUGACUUGGCACUAACUAUCAACGUAGAUUUAGCCAAACAAAUCGCCACAAUGCCAACUCAAAGCGACGAUGAACUUAGAAAAAAAUUAUGGCUCAAAAUAGCUGAGCAUGUAGUCAAAGAACGUGACGAUAUACAACAGGCGAUGGAAUUUUUACAACAGUGUAAUAUGAUCAGGAUUGAAGAUAUUCUUCCAUUUUUUUCUGACUUUGUCACUAUUGACCACUUCAAAGAUACCAUUUGUAACUCCUUGCAGGAAUAUAAUCAACAUAUCCAAGAUUUGAAGGAAGAAAUGGAAGAGGCAACAAAGUCGGCAGAGUUGAUCAGGAAAGAUAUACAAGCAUUUCGAAACAGGUGUACAUUCGUUCAUGCAAGGGACACAUGUAAUACUUGUGAUGUACAGCUUUUGCUUAGAUCGUUCUAUGUGUUUCCCUGUGGACAUAGAUUUCAUAGUGAUUGUUUGGUUGCUGCUUUAACACCUAUGCUGUCUAUGGAGCAGCGAACGAAACUGGCAGAUUUACAGCGCCAGUUGACUACAAUUUCUGCCAAACAAGACGAUACUACCUCUAUCGGAUUAGCGACACUCUCUACUAAAGAUCAGAUCAAAGCUGAUAUUGAUGACCUUAUUGCCUCUGAAUGCCUCUAUUGUGGAGAGCUAAUGAUUGAUUCGAUAGAUAAGCCAUUCAUUGAAGAAGAGGAUUACGAAAGGGUGAUGAAAGAAUGGGCUUGAGUGUAAUAAAAUAGAUCCUUGUUGAUUGUACGUGUUGUAUAUUAGAAUUGAAUAUAUGACUGAAAAUAGA